UUGUGCUGCUUUGCCCCUUGGUGAUCAGUGGUUAUAGACGUGCACUUGGUCCCCCUGGCGUGCUUAAGCGCGCAUGCCCACUGUGGUGACGCCGCAGCUCCAUGUGUGUUGAGAAGCGCAUUAUUUGGCAACAGAGGCGGUAGCGGGGAGGGCAGAAAAAAAAGAGGGUAUCCCCUGGAUUUUUAAAUAACAUCGAAUUAUCGGAGCUGAUUGUCCUCCUAAAUACCUUGGACGACCCGCAGUCGACGGAUCGCUGUCGAAUCGACCGAGGGGAUGUCUGAGGAGGCUGUUCGUCAGACACGCAGCCAGAAGAGGGCGCUGGGGAGGGAAAUCUCACCCCAUGAUUCUGAAGCACCUCCCACUCAGUCUGACAGCAAAAAGCUCAAACUAGACGGGGCCGAGACUGGAGCUCCGGACCAGGAUCAUGAGAGCCCAAAUGAACCACAACCAGAACCACAACCUGAAACAACGAAGGAUGACCAGGACCUGGUUAAACCUCUGGUCAAGCCUGUGGUCCAGCCUGAGAAGGCAACGGAACCAGAACUACCCCGAUUAACAUUACCGUUAGUGUUACCAUCGCACCCGGCAAAAGAGCAAGAGCAGGACCGGGCACCGAAACAGUCAGAACAGAGCUUAGAGAACCGGACUGAGCGGAAUGACUGCGGCGACCAGGUAAAGGUGAAGAGUGAGAUGCAUCUAGAUGGGCAGAACCGGACUGUGCGGUCAGAACCGAUGGUGGCCAGCAGCAUGAUGACGUCAACGGAGGUGAAGGCUACCAUUAAAGUGGAGGUCCAGACAGGAGAGCAGGCUCUGGACAUGAGCACCUCUAGAGGGGCCAUAAAGAGGGAGCCGUGUCCCCCGUCCCCAGAUGAUGAUGUCAUUGUCCUGUCAGAUAACGACUCCUGCAGUCUGCCGAUGAACGAUUUGAACCACUUCAAGGAGCUGGACACAGUCCUACUCAUGAAGAGCAGGCCAGAGGAGAGGGAUCGCAUCAUCAAACAGUUGAAGGAGGAGCUGAGGUUGGAGGAGGCCAAGCUGGUGCUGCUGAAGAAACUACGCCAGAGCCAGAUACAGAAGGAUGCGUUGCAGAAGGUAUGGACACAUGCAGCCAAGCCCUCAGGAUUGUCGGGUUCUGCGGCUCCUCCAUCUCUGAUCCGGGGAUCCAUCGCAGCCAGCAAAGGCUCCCAGCAGGUGGUGUCAGGUAGGAGUUCAGGCACAGUCAUUCCACCUCCUCUGGUGAGGGGAGGGCAGCAGAUCUCCUCCAAACAUGGCUCCCACAACUCCCAGAUCAUCAUGCCACCUCUGGUCAGAGGGGCACAGCCAAUCGCUGUGUCUCCCCAGCAGAUCCAGUCUCUCCGGCAGCAGCAGCAACAGCAGCUGUCAGGGUCUGGCUCAGGGAGCUCUGGCCCCCCUCCUCUGCUGCUGGCUCCCAGGGCCAACGUACCCGGCUCUCAGGCCCAGAGAGGCCUCAUGCAGUCAAGCCUCAUCAGGGUGGGCAACGUCAACAAUGCCAGCCUGCUGGUUAACAUCUCACAAGCCUCUCCAACCAACAUGAAGGGUCCUUCUAUCUCUUCCCAGUCUGGAAACAGCAGUGUGUCAGUGGUCAACGUGAACGACUCUCCUGCCGCCCGCCAGGCUGCGGCUAAGCUAGCCCUGCGUAAGCAACUGGAGAAGACCCUUCUGGAGAUUCCUCCUCCCAAGCCUCCGGCCCCAGAGCUCAACUUCCUGCCCUCGGCAGCCAACAACGAGUUCAUCUACCUAGUGGGCCUGGAGGACGUGGUGCAGAACCUGCUGGACUCCAUGAUGAGAGCUAAAACAGGGUUGGCCCCCGUCAAACCUGCCAUCAAAGAGCCCUUCACCUGCAUCCAGUGUAGCACCGACUUUACUUGUCGCUGGAGGCAGGACAAGGCCAAGGGCGGGACCAUACUCUGUGCUGACUGCAUGUCCUCCAAUCAGAAGAAAGCCCUAAAGGCUGAGCACACCAAUAGGCUGAAGGCUGCGUUCGUCAAGGCCCUGCAGCAGGAGCAGGAGAUAGAGCAGCGGAUCCUCCAGCAGACCGCCUCCCCUGUCUCUCACACCCCCUCCUCUUCCUCCUCCUCCUCUCCGUCGGUGAAGACGGAGCAUCUGAUGUCCCAGCAGCUGAAGCAGGUUCAGGCCCAGGCUAGGGUCUCCUCUUUGCAUCACCAUCACCAGCAGCAGAACAGAGGACAGAGCAUUGCACGCCACCACUCCAACAUCAAACAGAGCCCUCAGGGCCAGCUCUCCCGUGGCGGUAUCCCAUCGGUGGGGGUGAGGGGCGUGUCCCACUCCUUCUCCUCCUCCUCCUCUCAGCUGCAGAGCGCUGUGGCCGCUGCGGCCUUGGUCAGCCGGCCAGGUAAGCAUGCCCAUGUGCGCCCCGCUGCCCAGGGUUCUAAGGGCAGCUCCAGUGGGAACAGCAGCAGAGGUAGCGCCCAAGCCACUGCAUGGAGGAAGCAGAACAUCAACACAGGUGUGACCAUGGCCUAUGUGAACCCCAGUCUGUCAGUCCAUAAGACCUCGUCCACAGUGGACGCCCGCCAGAGAGAGUACCUCCUGGACAUGAUUCCAUCGCGCCCCAUCUCCCAGACAGCUAACACAUGGAAAUAAUAAUCUCAUUCAUUACAAUUAUCAAUAACCAUUAGCUACUGUUGUCAAUGCCAACAAUACAGCCCCCCCCCCUCCCCCCAAGGACAGUUAUGGAAACGCAGCCCCCCCCCUCCCCCCAAGGACAGUUAUGGAAACGCAGCCUCCCCCCUCCCCCCAAGGACAGUUAUGGAAACGCAGCCUCCCCCCUCCCCCCAAGGACAGUUAUGGAAACGCAGCCUCCCCCCAAGGACAGUUAUGGAAACGCAGCCCCCCCCCUCUCCCCAAGGACAGUUAUGGAAACGCAGCCCCCCCCUCCCCCCAAGGACAGUUAUGGAAACGCAGCCUCCCCCCUCCCCCCAAGGACAGUUAUGGAAACGCAGCCUCCCCCCUCCCCCCAAGGACAGUUAUGGAAACGCAGCCCCCCCCCCCCUCCCCCCAAGGACAGUUAUGGAAACGCAGCCCCCCCCCUCCCCCCAAGGACAGUUAUGGAAACGCAGCCCCCCCCCCCUCCCCCCAAGGACAGUUAUGGAAACGCAGCCCCCCCCCCCCCCCCCUCCCCCCAAGGACAGUUAUGGAAACGCAGCCCCCCCCCUCCCCCCAAGGACAGUUAUGGAAACGCACCCCCCCCCCUCCCCCCAAGGACAGUUAUGGAAACGCAGCCUCCCCCCUCCCCCCAAGGACAGUUAUGGAAACGCAGCCUCCAAACUUUUGAGCGGAAGCAUUCUCAAUAAAAAAAAAUCUUUGUGUUUUUGUUUCUCUUUCAAGUCUGCUGUUUCUCAUGAGGCUCACCGAUGUUUGAUCAGUGUGCAUAAAGAGCGAUUUACACCGGAGCAAAACAAGAAAUGCAUAAAGGGCUUCCUUCCAUAUGUUUGUCAGCCAUGAUGUCUGUGAGUUUAUGAUGGCUUGAGAAUGUUGCUUUUCUCUCAAGAACUUAUGCUGGCCUUCUGCCGACUGCGUGUUGAUGUCUUACCAUGGAAACGAUGGACAGCUCUUUACCUAUUGGAUGGAACUAGGAGCUGAUUGGCCCUCUGUCAUCUUAGACUCGGCGAAUGGGAUGCAGACAAACUGUUGGGGUGUGGUCAAGGUGAAAUUACUUGGAACUGUUUACUUCAUAUUCAAGAGUACCCUAAAAAAGCUGAAAGACAAAAAAUAUGAUCUCCAAUAAACAUUUUUUUUAAGUUUAAAAGAACUGAGCAAUGAUGUUUUCAGUACAUAACCUCAGUAGCAGUUCAUUUGGAAUUUGUUUGUAUUUACAGUAAGUUAUUGGAUAUGUUUGGGAACUGAUGUAUAAAUGAAAAAUUCCUGUCAUGAUGUUGGGGUUUUAACAACUGAACAAUUUAUACUAGGCUCAUACACUUUUUAGAAAAUAAAGUAAAACAUUUUUCCUUCCCAUGCAUGUUCUUCAUCUACAGAUAUGGUAUCUUAAUUUGAUCACCCUGUUGCAGGAGAACUUUCUGGCAACACAGGACAUUUUAAAACUUGCAGCGUAUCUGAAAUUUUAAAAAAGCUUCUAAAGUUUGUAAUUUCAAGAUUUUCCCUUACGAACAAUGUAUCAACCGUUACAAAAAUGUCCAUUAAUUAUAAUUCACAUUUCCUGUUGCUGCAGGAUUCUGUUCCUGCUGUAGGAGAAUGGCUCAAAUUAAGAUCCUACAUCUGUAUUUGCAAUUUGACAGAGCUGCUCCACACUCAUGUUUGACAUAAGCAAAAGAAGUAGAGGAUCUCUAUAUUUUUGUCUGAAGACUCUGCUUUGGUUUUCUAUUAUUCCAUUCUGAGUUGUCCCUUCAUAUUUGUAAUAACAUGUCUGUAAAGAGAACCAAUAGUAUAAUAGUCUGUCUUGAAUUACAUGCUAAAUUGUUUCCAUGGAAGACAAGAUUCUAGAAUCACAAGUCAUAUCACAGGUGUGUUCUGAUUACAUCGGUUCUAUAUGUUUUACACUGAUUGUCGAUUUCUCUGAAUCAGUGAAUUGCUUUUUUGUUUUUUAUAAUUGAUCAAAGUUUCCAUAUGUUGGCUGAAAAAGUUGAGUCAUCUAGAAUCAUUACACUUUUUGGAAUUGGUCUGGAAAAAGUAAUUGAAUAUGGAUAAUAUUUAAAUUGGCUUAAUAUGCUCAAACCUACUGUAUCAAUCAAUGACACUUGUCAUUUUACAGAAUGUUCUCAUCUGGGGAUGAAAGUUAACCGAUUGCAGGUAUUGUCACCUACUCUGGGACAUCUCAAGUUUAGGUUUCUGGUUGCCAUAUGUUGAAGCUGGGUUUGUUAAAGCAACUUAUAGGGGAAUUUUAACAAAUUUGAAAUGUACAAAAGACUGAGGAGAGAAUAAAAAUGUCUAAUAUUGAAAUCACUCGUUAAUUGUUUUUGGUUGGCAUCAGGACCAAUAACUUGUAUCCCAAACAGGCCUGUGGUGAGGUAACUGGAUUUACAACAUUGCUCCUGUUAAAAAAAAAAUAAUAAUAAUGUGGCUUCUUCUCUUCCUCAACUACAGUCUCCUACUCCUUUUUCAGUUUUGUUUUGUACUUCUGUAAAAGUUCCAUAUGCUCUCUAUGGUUUAUAAAUAAUCAACAUAUGGGUUGUCAAAAUUGUUUGAGAUUAUUUUCAGUGCUAGAUCAGAUGACAUCAUUGAGAACUAUGAAAAACAAUACACACUGCAGGAACUGAUGUUGGCCCCCAGAACCCCAACUCAACACUGACCACCAGUAACCACCCUGUUUGUUAUUUAGGGUAGCUUGGGCUGUUAACUGUCAAGCGUAACCUUCUCAUCCCUUUAUGCAUAAUACAAAAUGAUGUUCCAAUUUGUUUGGUUUAAUUUUUUUCCCAGCUACAGAAAGUAAUAAUAAAAAAUAAACGUAAUUUGAACCCUU